CAUUCAGAAACUUUUCAUGGAACCCCUUUUUUUUCGAGCCUCACCUUUGCCAGCCUCUCGGUUGGUGGACCUUUGGUUUUCUUUAUAACUACUCGGCGUGGACUUAAUUUUCUUGCAUAAGCCAUCAAGCAGUGCGCUUGCAUGCUGUCGGCUCUUUUUCUUUUUCGUCGCAGUUCCUCGAAACCUCUUUGCGCAUAAAUCUUCGUCCCACCAGCCAACAGCUUCUCUUUAUUUUUUGUCCCCGUCGGGCCGCUCCGUAGAGCCGUUGGAACGAAAAUGUCAGGGGCAAAGAAUCCUAUUCCCUUCUUGCCCAAGGACCAACAGGAGCUGAUCCUGUCUGGACCUGCUCUGGCUCCUCCCAACGGAACCGUGUCCAACUUCGAAAACCCCCCGAACCAGAAUGCCCUGGCGAUUGGAGUCAUGAGCACCUGCGUCGCAGUGGCUAGCUUAUGUCUGUUCAUCAGGGCCUAUCUUGCCAUACUGGCCAGGCGAGUGACGAUUGCCGAGGGCAUGAUUGUGGUGGGUUAUGGCUGCUAUGUCGGAUGGAGCUACUGCUGCUUCGAGAUGGUAUAUCUCCCGGGUCUAUUUGUGCAUCAAUGGGAUGUCGUCAUGAGGGACAUGAUUCCCCUGGUCUACAACGUCUACAUUGCCGGAGUACUCUACUCGGUCGUCCUCCCGUGUCUCAAGAUUGCCAUUUUGCUCGAGUGGAUGGAAAUGUUCACAGUGACGAGAAACGUGUUUUGGUGGAUCUGCGUAUUCCUCAUCUUCUUGCAGACGACCUUCAGCAUCGUCAUCAUCGUGAUGCUCAACCUAGUGUGUAUCCCCAACGCCUCCAUCUACGACCUGACCGUGGCUGGCGAGUGCAACCUCGACAAGCACGCCAUGGAGCUCGCGUCCGCGUCCUUGCAUCUCUUCACCGACGUCGUCAUGCUGUUCCUCCCGCAAAAGGUCAUUUGGGGGCUGAACAUGUCGGUUAAGAAGAAGCUGGGUGUGGCUGGUGUAUUUGGGUUGGGUGUGCUUGCCGUCAUCUCAGCCAUCAACCGAGUCGCCGUUACCGUUACAUAUGCCGACGCCGCCGAUGUCACCUACACUCUCGGCCCCGUCGUCUUUUGGGCCUUUGCCGAGAUGACGUGCGGUUUCGUCAUCUCGUGCCUGCCAGCGGCACCCAAGCUCGUCCGCGAGCACCGCGUCUUCCACCGCAUCAAGGCCAAGCUCGGCAUGAAGCUGACGACGGCGAGGAGCGGCGCCUCGGGCUCCAACCUGUCGCGCGGCACGACGCUCAACAACACGCAGCAGGGCACGGCGCCCGGCAGCAGCGCCGGCGGUGCCAAGGCCUGGCGCAAGCUUGACGACGAGAGCCACCAGCUCGACAACAUGACAAAGUCGGACUCGACAGAGUACCUGCAGCGCGAGGCAAAGUCCGAGUUCGCCACCCCGGAUAACGUCAUCAGGGCCACCACCGUCACGGUCAAGAAGGAGGUCGCCGUCGAGGAGGACCUCGAGCGCGGCCCCCACAGCCUGCCCUACGGCGCGGACCCCAUCGCCGACAGUGCCAAUUUCGUCUCGUCUGCCUGGCACGAUGCGCCCCAGGGCCGUGGCGGCAAGAAAAUCUACUACGGUAACGCGAGGUAAUGCUGCGUUGCAAGCACCUUCGUUACAAUGACGCCCUCCGCUGCCCCGGUGUCUUUUUUUUUUCCCCGGGCGCGGAAGAAAUGUACUAUCUACGUGUGAUGAGCAAACAAAAAAAAAGUAUCAUGUGUUUUUUUGUGCAGCGGACAAAAGCAGGUUUUUUUUUAUGAAAUGGAGGGCACAAAAACAGGAUCAGGAUCAGGAUCAGAUUAUUGUUGUCGACAGUGUGGCCGAGUUUGCCAAUUAAUCCCAGAAUAGAUGUUAUAUACCAAACCAUGUUUGAACAUUCUCCCGGAAAGCUACUCAUUACCCGU